AUGUUGCCCUACAUCAACGCACUGAAGCUCAUCUUCACCUUCUACCUGUCCUACCCCUUGGCUGCUGUCCUGAAAAGGAUACCUGACAAGGAACCAUGGAAGAAAAACAUGUUCGUAAUCGGUGUGUCACUGUUCUACCUCGUCGGGCUUUUUGACAUGUGGAGUGGACUGCGGACCAUCCUCAUCAGUGCUGGUGGUGCCUAUCUCAUCUCGUCCCGGAUUCACUCCCCAUACAUGCCGUGGAUAGGUUUCGUCUUCCUCAUGGGCCACAUGUCGGUCAAUCACAUCUAUCGGCAGGCCGUUAACGACCCGUCUGCCUUGGACAUCACAGGAGCUCAGAUGGUACUGGUUAUGAAGCUUACCGCCUUUUGCUGGAACGUGCAAGAUGGUCGCCUCCCUGAUUCCGAACUCACUGAUGUUCAACAAGAACACGCUAUCCGAACCAUGCCCAGCCUUCUUGACUACACCGGCUAUGUCUUCUUCUUCCCAGCUCUCAUGGCAGGCCCAGCCUUUGACUACUCUGAGUACAGCAACUACAUCACCACGACCAUGUUCACUCUACCGCCGGGCACUGAUCCAUCCAAAGCACCUCCAACGCGUAAGAAGCGUAAGAUUCCUCGAAGCGGUAUGCCGGCUGCCAUCAAGGGCGCUUAUGGAACUCUUUGGCUCGUCGCUUUCAUCAAAUUCUCCAGCUGGUAUUACCCCGCCUUCUAUCUUGGCGAUGAUUACAUGCAGUACAACUUUUUCCGCAGGAUCUGGCAGCUGUACAUGCUUGGUCUCACCACUCGCAUGAAGUAUUACGCUGUCUGGAGCUUGUCGGAAGGAUCGUGCAUCCUGUCCGGUAUUGGCUACAAUGGAAUUGACCCAAAGACCAACCGCCCAAGAUGGGAUCGCCUCACCAACAUCAAGCCCCUUGAAAUUGAGAGAGCGCAAAACGCCCGCGCCUAUCUUGGAUUCUGGAACAUCAACACGAACCAAUGGCUCAAAAAUUACAUGUACCUGCGUGUGACGCCAAAGGGCAAGAAACCUGGCUUUAGAGCCACACUGGCGACCUUUGUAACCAGCGCUUUUUGGCACGGCUUCUAUCCCGGCUACUACCUAGCAUUUGUACUCGCGGCUUUUGUGCAAACUGCCGCAAAGAACGGCCGUCGCUUAAUCCGCCCACUUUUCAUGACACCAGACGGCAAAGCACCGCUUCCAUCUAAGAAAUACUACGACAUGUUUACCGUCUUUCUCACGCAAACUGUGUUUGCGUACGUUGUCGCGCCAUUUAUCCUGCUCGGUUUCUCCGACACGAUCAAAAUUUGGUCACGCGUCUACUUCUACACUCUUAUUGGCGUGGCCGGAUCCUUUGCACUGUUCUCACGCUCCUUCCCUUUCCGAAAGCAGCUCGUUCAGCUUCAAUCUGCUCGUGCGUCACCCGCAGCUCCUACGUAUGACGACCCCGCAAUUGAAAAGGCAGCACGUGAGGAAAUUCGGAGAGAACGACUUGCUAGGACAAAAUCAACCGAUAGUUUUAGCAGCGCAAAGAUGCCUCUCCACGGUAUCGCUGACGACCCCGAAGCUGAGAUUGAUGAAAUCGUCGCAGAAGUAAAGGCAGAGAUCGAGCAGAGGAAGAGAAGGGGUAGUGUGAUGCAAGGCUUCGACCUGAAGAAGGCUGUGCAAGAGAAGUUGAACCAGUUUAACAAGAAGACCUAGGGUAUUCUUGCAUUGUGAGCCAGUCAAGACAAAACUAUAUGCCAUGUUAUAGGUAAGGAUGAGUCCGCGGAUGCCGAAGCCGCCUAUAUAAAUAGUCUUAUUGCAUACGCAGUCAAAACAAGCGUGUCGGAG